AAGGAGAGGCUGGGUUGAGUUGCAGCCCACUGGGAGAGAGCUUGCCCAGUAUGUGCAGUGCAAGGUUCUGGAUUCAAACUGGGACGUCAGGGUUGUGGGCAGAGGCAGGCCUGGUGAAGUGCAGAGUACCCGGUCAAGAAGAGGACGGUGAGAGGCACUUAGAGGUUUCCACACCGUGUGUGUGGGCCAGUGUUGGAAGGCGGCGUGGAGCGGAACUGAACUAGACAGCCACUAAGCCCUGGCCACUGCUGACCUCAGAGGCUGACACUCCCUGCCAAGGGGAAGUUUGUCUGUGGCUUUCCUGGGGAGCACAGCUCCCCACUGUGCUGCACCUUCUGCUCAGCACAGGACCCCGGCUGUUCCUUCUCAUCCCGGCCCAGGGCUGAGCCCCCAGCAGAGACCAGGACAGAGUGACCAGACUGUGGCAGGCCGCUUGAAGAGUGCACAGGGGCUUCUGGUGCCCUUGCUCUGGGGUCACAGGGAGAGGGCACAAGGACUGCAUUCCUACUGGCACCAGAUGAGGGAACUUCACAGACAGCCCUUCCCUGCACGGGGUGUGCUGUAGGAGGUCAGAAGGUUUCCACGAAGUUUCAGAAUGCCCAAACCAUACUUCCGGUGUUACUUCCUGAGCCCAAACACAAAUCUGGACACAGCAUGUACACACCCAUCCCGCGCAGUGGCUCCCCAUUCCCAGGCUCCGUGCAGACUCCUGGCCUGCACGUAUGGCGUGUGGAGAAGCUGAAGCCAGUGCCUGUGGCCCCCGAGAACCAGGGCGUCUUCUUCUCCGGGGACUCCUACCUGGUGCUGCACAAUGGCCCGGAGGAGCUCUCGCACCUGCACCUGUGGAUAGGUCAGCAGUCAUCCCGCGAUGAGCAGGGGGCCUGCGCCGUGCUGGCCGUGCACCUCAACACCCUGCUCGGGGAGCGUCCGGUGCAGCACCGCGAGGUGCAAGGCAACGAAUCCGACCUCUUCAUGAGCUACUUCCCGCGAGGCCUCAAGUACCAGGAGGGUGGCGUGGAGUCGGCGUUUCACAAGACCUCGCCGGGGACAGCCCCAGCUGCCAUCAAGAAACUCUACCAGGUGAAGGGGAAGAAGAACAUCCGGGCCACUGAGCGGGCACUGAGCUGGGACAGCUUCAACACUGGGGACUGCUUCAUCCUGGACCUGGGCCAGAACAUCUUCACCUGGUGCGGGGAGAGGUCCAACAUCCUGGAGCGCAACAAGGCUCGGGACCUGGCCAUGGCCAUCCGGGACAGUGAGCGGCAGGGCAAGGCCCAGGUGGAGAUCGUCACCGAUGGGGAGGAGCCCAGCGAGAUGAUCCAGGUUCUGGGCCCCAAGCCUGCUCUGAAGGAAGGCAACCCUGAGGAGGACCUCACAGCUGACCAGACCAACGCCCAGGCCGCGGCUCUGUACAAGGUCUCCGAUGCCACUGGACAGAUGAACCUGACCAAGGUGGCCGACUCCAGCCCCUUUGGCUCCGAGCUGCUUGUGUCCGACGACUGCUUUGUGCUGGACAAUGGGCUCUGCGGCAAGAUCUACAUCUGGAAGGGGCGAAAAGCUAACGAAAAGGAGCGGCAGGCGGCCCUCCAAGUGGCCGAGGACUUCAUCUCCCGCAUGCGGUACGCGCCCAACACUCAGGUGGAGAUUCUGCCCCAGGGCCGAGAGAGUCCCAUCUUCAAGCAAUUCUUCAAGGACUGGAAGUGAGGGUGGGCGACUCCCUGCCUUGCUCCCUACCUCCGCCUGCACCCGCUUUCUCCUCCUCCGGAUGCCCCUGCCAAUGUUCAAUAAAGGAAACAAGUGCCUUCCAAA